AUACCAAGUACUAGUACCACAAGGUUAAUUUGCUGCUUCAGUUCCUUGUUAAUUUCCUUGUCCUCUGGCUGCAAAUAAAUCAUCAAGAGCAUCCCUAUUGGACAGAUCGAUCCGCCCUAGCUUAAUUUGCGCCAGUAUAAGAGACCCACUGGCGGAUUCCCGAUCGCCGUGCACAUGUUAAUUCCAUAUGCCAAUCAUUGGUCUUCCAUUGUCAAAGCCAGCCAGCCAGCCAGCUAGCUGAGCUGCAAGUGAAACUAGAACCCAAGAGAGUGAGUGAGAGAGUGCAAGCUAGAGCUAGCUAGCGUCCAUGGCUCACAGCACCUUGUCUUGGAGCAGCAGCAGCAGCUGCAUCUUGUACUGCUGCUCCCGGGUGCUCAUCAAUUCGGAGGUCAGGCGCGGGAGCAAGGCGGCGCCGGCGGCCGUGAGGGUGAAUGGCGGCGUGGCGGCGCUGGUCAGCCCGAUGACGGUGGUGGACGACGACGAUGGCCACAAGAAGAUGAUCUCGAAGGAGAAGCAGGAGGCGGACCCGUUCCGGCAGGCGCAGAUCGUCGCGGAGGCCGGCGCGCGGUACUACCGGCAGACGGUGGUGGUUCGGUCCUACGAGGUUGGGCCCGACAAGACGGCCACCCUCGAGACGCUGCUAAACCUUCUCCAGGAGACGGCAUUGAACCACGUGUGGAUGUCGGGUCUCCUCGGCGACGGCUUCGGCGCCACCCACGGCAUGAUCAAGAACAACCUCAUCUGGGUCGUCUCCAGGAUGCACGUCCAAGUUGACCGCUAUCCUAUAUGGGGGGAGGUUCUGGAGAUCGAGACGUGGGUGGGCUCGUCGGGGAAGAACGGCAUGCGGCGGGACUGGCUCAUCCGGGGCCGGAGCUCCGGCGAGGUCCUGGUCCGGGCGACGAGCACCUGGGUGAUGAUGAACAAGAUCACCAGGAGGCUAUCCAAGAUGCCUGACGAGGUCAGGGCAGAGAUCUCGCCAUGGUUCAUCCAUGGCCGCCACGCCAUCAUCCAGGAUGGCCAUCACGACAAAAUCGUCAAGCUCGACUCCAAUGCCGAAUACGUCGCCUCCGGCUUGAAGCCCAAGCGCAGUGAUUUGGAUAUGAACCAACACGUCAACAACGUCAAAUAUGUACGCUGGAUGCUUGAGACCAUCCCGGACCAGUUCAUGCAGCAAAAUCAGCUCAGCAGCAUCAUCCUGGAGUACAGGAAAGAGUGUGGGAUCUCAGACAUCGUGCAGUCAAUCUGCCAACCAGACGAGGACUCGAUCCCGACUUCGCCGGGAGAUCAGAACAUUGUUAGCAUGGUGAACGGACACUCGCUUUCCCCGGAAAUCAUCAACGGCCACCAUAGCUUGGCCGGUGCGCUGCUCCAGCAGCAAUGGCCGACCAAGUACACCCAUCUUCUGCAGCUGGAAGCAGGCGCAGACGGGCACGGCGAGAUCGUCAGGGGUAGAACCACGUGGAAGAAGAAGUUAUAAGAAUGACUCCCGGACUGUUGAUUCUUUGUUCAGAAUUAUUUGGAUAAUAAUUCUUCGUGAUUGUAUGUGUUUUAUUUUAUUUGUAUGUGUUCUGCUUAAGCGGUUUUUAAGUUGUGUAGUUGGAGAUGUGAAUGAUAUCGAAUGAUAUCUAUAUACAUUGUGUACAUGUUGCCGAGGCAAAGUGUCUUAGAAAGAUAAUAAAACGUGCCUUCUUUGCCUUAAA